AUGCCGCUCACCUAUCUCGACGUCGCCGCGCAGGCCGUCCAGGCUCGCCACCGCAUCCGCAGCCACAUCUACGAGACGCCCCUCAUCCCCUCGCGCACAAACGCCCACCGCCGCGACGGCACCCGCCUGCUCCUCAAAGCCGAGAACCUCCAGCUCACCGGGUCCUUCAAGCUCCGCGGCGCCGUGGCCAAGAUGACGGCGCCCGGCACCGCCGGCGGCGACCCGGACGACGCGCCCCUCGUCACCGCCUCCUCGGGCAACCACGGCAUCGGCGCCGCCCACGCCGCCCGCGCGCUGGGCCGGCGCCUCACCGUGGUGCUCCCGGAGACCGUGGUGCCCGCCAAGCUGCGCCGCAUCGAGGCCUACGGCGCGCGGGUCGUCCUCCACGGCGCCCAGGCCGGGCUGGCCGAGCGGCACGCGCGCGGGCUCGCCGCCGCCUCCUCCUCCCGGGGGUGCGUGUACGUGUCGCCGUACAACGACGCCGACGUGGUGGCCGGCCAGGCGUCCGUGGGGCUCGAGCUGCUCGAGCAGUGCGGCGGGCGCGGCGUGGACAACGUCUUCGUGGCCAUGGGCGGCGGCGGGCUCGUCGGCGGCGUCGGGUCCGUGUGCAGGGCCUUCAGCCCGCGCACGCGGGUGCACGGCGUCGCGGCCGCCCGCUCCAUGGCGCUGGCGGCGUCCAUGGCGGCGGGGCGCGUCGUCGACACGGAGCACCUGCCCACGCUGGCGGACGCCGUGGCCGGCGGCCUGGACGACGACGCCAUCACGCUGCCGCUGGCCGCGGCCGUGGUGGACCGCGUCGUCGUCUGCGACGAGGACGAAAUCGCUGCCGCCCUGAGGGCCGUCGUCCUGCGCGAGAACAUGAUUGUCGAGGGGGCCGCGGCGCUGGCGUAUGCCGGCUUCGUCAAGCUGGAGGCCGAGCUUGCGGGGCAGACGAGCGUUGUCGUCUUGUGCGGCGCCAACUGCGACCACGACGUCGUCGCAAAGACCGUCCACGGGCAGAGGCUGCACGAAAUGCAGCACCCGCAAUGA